UAGAGCGGAGAGAUGGGGAAGGAGGUGGCGGCUCUUGAGCUCGUGGACUAAAGCAGCGCGCUCAGCUCCCUGAGGUCGGUGGUAUCGCCGGUGCUGCCCCCGGCCCCGCGUCGGCGGCGAGAUUUCCUUCGGGAUUCGUUGGAAAAAGUGGCUGUGACCAGAGAGAGACUUAGCGCAAGGUAGUUCUCUAAUGGAUCAAUGAAAGCCAACGAUGACAAGUUGUGGUCAACAGUCCUUGAAUGUGCUGAUGGUUCUGCUUUCAUUACUCUUGUCAGCAGUGUUGUCUGCACAUUUUCGGGUCUGUGAGCCGUAUACGGACUACAAAGGUCGCUACCACUUUGGUUUUCACUGCCCCCGUCUUUCUGACAAUAAAUCUUACAUCUUUUGCUGUCACCAUAACAACACAGUAUUUAAAUACUGCUGCAAUGAGACAGAAUUUCAGACUGUUAUGCAGAUGAACCUAACAGGGAACGCAGAUGGAUAUAUGCAUAACAACUACAGUGCACUGUUAGGAGUGUGGAUCUAUGGCUUUUUUGUUGUGAUCUUGCUGAUAUUGGACCUUUUAUAUUACUCUUCAAUGAACUAUGACAUUUGCAAAUUUUACCUGGCACGGUGGGGCAUCCAGGGAAAGUGGAUGACACAGGGACAGAGCCGAUGGAUUAACCCUGCUCAGGAUCCAAGCCAAGUACAGACACAGCCUCAGCCAGAGACACAGCCUCAAACUCAGACACAGCCUCAAACAUCACAGACAGUGCAUACUUUAAAAGGAGAUGCUUUAAGCCCACCCCUGAUGACUUUUCAGAGUACAUCUGCCUGAAAAUUAUAUUGAUGUGCCUCAAGAUGGGAGAGGUAAGAUCAGAUUUCAAGGAGCAGCUUUUAAGAAAAUCAACUAAAGGACAAGAGCUGAAAAAAGCUGAAAAAUGCAGGAAAAAGAAAGACUACAAGAAGAAGACUGAGCAAGUCCCUUGAAAAGAAACACCAGGCAGACAGCUUCUAUAGGCAAACAAUAUAGAAAGAGUUUCCAGAAAAAAAGCAGUCUGUAAGCAAUAUUCUAAUUCUAGACUGACAAUAUUGUCUCUGAAAGAAAGCAUCAUAUUUGACAAAAUGCUCAAUAGGAAAAAAAUUAAGUUGCUCUGGCAAAUCCACAUAAAGGUGGGAAAAGAUCACUAGACAAACCUUUGGUAGACAACAUUCCUUUGCCUCCCCAUCCAUUUAUUGCCAUUUGAGCCUAAUCUAAGUGUCAGAAUACUGAAUGUGAGUUUUUCCAAAGUUCUCUGGUGAAAAUUUUGUCACAAUAAGGUAGAUGCUGGCAAUUCUCAUUAGUGUUAACCAUAUUGCCAUAUGCAUUACAAGGUAGAGUGAAUCCUUUUCAUCGAGUCAAACUGCAUGAUAUCCAACAUUUCAACCUUAAUACACAUUUGAAGAUAAUUGGCAAUGAUUCUGUUAAGACAUCAAACAUCUGAGCACAUAUUAGCUUCAGCUUCACGCACCCUCGUGAAGAGGGGAGCUUUAUUAAGCAGCAAUACAGACACCACCCCCAUUCUCACUGAAGCUGAAAGAGAAGCAGCAAAAAAUAACAAAUCAAAGUACUUUUUAAAGCAAUAAUACCAUUGUCCCUCUACUUUACAAGGCAAUAAUCAAAUUCCCUCUGCCACCAACUGUCUUUAGAAUUUACCCCUCACAAAUCUAAGAAUUCAUUUGUAAGCCAGAAGGGCGAUGAUGAUACUACAGAAAUAUGGAGAGUACUUGGUCAUUAAGUUGCAAUAGCUUGACCUAACUUUCCACAAUACAGGUUUAUUUCAAAAUGACACAGUACCAAUUACAUGAGCAAAUCCUGUGAAAUUCAAUUUAAGAUACAUACAUGGAGAACCUGGCAAUGACAACCAACAGAAGAGUUAAUCUAGAAAUCAUAACACAAAGCCAUGAUACUGCCAAAUUAAUCCUUCAUGCCUAACAUUUUUUUCCAGCAAAUCUGAAUAACUUUAAAAUAACCACAUAUUUUACCUUAUAACCAACAUAAGGAUCACCUUGUCAAUAAAUAAUCAAGUUUUCCUUUCUACCUUUUUGAUUAGGUUAAAUAUUAGUCUUCUGUUGAACUCAAGAGGGAUAGACUACUGAGUGAUUUAAGCUUACUUACAGCUACCAGACUGCAUGAUAGUACAUGACUGAAAUCACACAAGAAUAAAUAGUGAUGGGCGCCCCAACAAGGCUGGAGACCACAGAAGUGCCCAGUCUUUGAAGAAGACUUAAUCUGAGUAGGAUACCAAUACGUGCAUUCCCUCUUCUUUGCAAACCAGCUCAUAAAAAAAAAAUGUCAAGUAUCACCAAGUAAGGGCAGGCAACAGCAAAUAAGGAAGCAUUCUAAUGCCACAGGUGUGAGUACCACCCUGCAGGCAUUAGACUCCAUCCUGCCCUAGGCAAGCUUUAAGCCUGGCCUAUUCUCACUUUUCACAGAAGCUCCUCCUACCCACCUCUGCAUACAACUCAUCUUGUACAGCCAUAACAGAGCUGCUACAGCACAACCGGGGUGUUUCACAUUGCGAGAAACAUAGCCCUUCAAAUCAAACAGAGUCAGUAUUUUUUAAAACUCGAUUCACACUAAGCCUAGGAGAUUCUAGUUUUCUAAAGAAUAUAUUUCACCAGAGCAUUGCAGAACUAUUCAGAGCAAUUCAGCUGGGAACAAAGAGGAUGCCAACAAAAGACAUGCUGUAAGUAGCUUGCAGAUACUGGCAGGCAGUCCAAACUGCUCUCUCCUUGAUGAUGAGAGCCUCUACAUGGAAAGGGUAGGUGGUCCUGGCAGUGAAAGAGCUGAACCUGUAAGCUGUACCACCAUACUAUUAGUGCCAGCUUGCAAGAAACACAAAGGAAACCAAGCAGCUGGAAGCAAUGCCAUCCACGCUUCUAACAGCAUCAUGUCUUCCCCACACUUCUCAUUAGCUCCAAGAUCCAUAACCCCUUGCAAACACUCAGCAAAAUACAUAUCUACAGUAAUCAGUCUUACCUUGGGAGCUUUGCAGUAACUGUUUGCUUCUUUUACCUUCUACCAGCACCUACUUUCAUUGCAAGUAAUGACCGCCACAGAGAGCUUUGUAAAAAGCUUAUGUUCAUGAAAUAAUUUGUAUUAGAUACUGGUUUGUGUGAAUUACUUACUGUAUUUUGUAAGGGUUUUUUUCCCUUUGGGAAUUGUGCGUUAUUAAUGAGCAGUUUUAUGCUUUACUUCUAGUAUAUGUAUACCUUGUAAUUGAUGUGCUUUUUGUUUGUUUGUUUUCUUUUAUUCUCUAUACAGAGCCAGUUAAUAUAAGGUAGAUAAUCUCUGUUUGAAAUUCUGAUUUUGCCUACCAAUUAGUUUAGGGAUAAAUCCAUGUCAUAGCUGAUAAAGCACUGUUCAUCAAUUGUGUUGUUAUAAUAAUCUGAUAACCUCUCCAGUUUACCAGAGUAUAAGAUCCUGAAUAAUACUAAUGCUCAUUGGGCCUUAAAGUAAAGGGAAAUAAUGUUUCCCUACAACCAUCACUAUUGGCCCUUCUUCUGUAGUGCUUGGGACAUUGUUAAGACAGCACUAGCUAGACAGACACCUGAACAUCUCAACCAUCUAUGUAGCCAUGCUCUGAUAGACUUCUGCAUUUGCCUGAUAGAAAUCAUGAUGACCCAGAUAAACUGCAAUGAAUUCUUCAACUAUUUCUGCAGAAAGAGACUCAUUCAAGCACAGUGCUCCUCUGAAAGAAAAAAAAAAAAAAAGGACUAAAAUAGAUAUAUAGAUAUAUUUUCCGCUAUGUCUAUCCUCAUAUGGUUGGAAAAAUAAGGGAGCUAAAAUUACCUCUUACAGAAGUGUGCAGUUCCAUUAUACACCUUAUUUAACAAUGGCAGCUCUCUGUCUCAGUGUCUGUUAAAGAAUUUUAUGCUCCAGAAGACUCCUGCCUGGUCCAACUCAUUUUUUCUCUUCAAUUUUUCUGAGAACUGAGUGUCCAACUUCGUAAUAAUGGCAGUGUAUAACAUAGGACAUAAAAAGAUGAGUUAUAAAGCUUGGGCAGGACUUGAUGUUGUAAUUAACUAUCUUUUUUGCCUGGUUAUCAAUCUUAUAAAAACACAGAGUGAAAACAAUCCGGCCUCUUAAUGUAUCCUUCAGCAUAUUGUAGCAGAUAUUUUAGAUAACUGUUUUUAAUAGUUUUAUUAUGGUUGUAACUUCUAUAUGAGGACUUUCCACUUGAAGAAUAGAUGAAGUAACAUGUCGAAGUAAUUUUUGAAGUCAGUUCUAUUUUGCCACCAGUGAUGGUGCAUGAGGAGUAAAGCAACAAAACCAAAACCUCACUCUCUCACCAGGAUGAAACAUCUUUUCUCAGCCUUGAAAAUUCUCUUAUGUAAGACAGGCAUUUCUUCAAGUCCUCCUUUUAGACAUAUAGUAAAUCACUAAGAAGAUAAUAGUCAAUUGUCAAUUUUAAUAGUCAGCAGUCAAAUUCUGGGCUAAUUAAGCUAACCAGAAAUUCUAGGGUUGCAGUGAUUUCUCACUCUUUAUUAAUACAUUGACAAUAAUACUGUUUACAUAACACUUGAUGUUUGAAAUCUAUAUGUAUCAGUGUCCAGUGAUUUGCUAACCUAGAUUUUGAUCUAAUCUUGUCCUAUGUUUUUGCAGCAUUCUCUGACUUCAUAUUAUGAAUCAUGUUGUCGUCUAAAGUGAUUGCCAAGUAAACCAAAAAUGUGUUUUACACUGCUAUUGCACUGCUCUUGUCUUUAUAUACAGUAGUUUUUAUAAAGAUGUCCUUAGGUUUUAAUAAAUGAGUGUAACGUAAACUAA